AUGGCUGACAAGGCUGACAAGGCCGACGCUGUGGAGAAGGGCGGUGUCAAGACCAGCGGCAGCGAUGAUGUGCCUCCGGUCUACUCGGAGCCACAGGGCGGCUACUCUGAGGUCCAUGAGGAACAACUGGGCAUUUGGACCAGGAUGGGCUUCACCCCCAAGUCCUUCCAGCGCCGCACCAAGGCAGAUGUGCACAACCAGCUCAACCAGUCCUUGAAAACCCGCCACCUCCACAUGAUCGCCAUCGGCGGUUCUAUUGGAGCUGGCCUUUUCGUCGGCUCCGGAAGUGCCCUCAACCGCGGCGGCCCUGCUGCUGUGCUUAUUGACUUUGGCAUCAUUGGUGUCAUGAUCUUCAACGUCGUCUACGCUCUCGGAGAACUCGCCAUCAUGUAUCCAGUCAGUGGCGGCUUCUACACCUAUUCUACCCGCUUCAUCGAUCCGUCAUGGGGGUUUGCCAUGGGCUGGAAUUAUGUCUUCCAAUGGGCUAUCGUCCUCCCUCUAGAACUUGUUGUCGCCGGCAUGACCGUAGGCUAUUGGGGCGUCGACAUCAACGUCGGUGUCUGGAUCACUGUCUUCCUCGUGGCCAUCAUUUUCAUCAACAUCUUUGGCGUCCUGGGCUAUGCCGAGGAAGAGUUCUGGUCCUCGUUACUUAAGCUGUCUACUAUCAUCAUCUUCCUUAUCAUCGGCCUCAUCUGCGUACUGGGUGGGGGGCCGUCCAAUGGAAACUACAGUGAGUACUGGGGUGCCCGACUCUGGUACGAGCCGGGCGCGUUCGCGAAUGGCUUCAAGGGCGUGUGCUCCGUCUUCGUCACGGCCGCCUUUUCCUUCUCUGGAACUGAGUUGGUUGGCCUUGCCGCCGCCGAGUCCGAAAACCCUGCCAAGCAGCUUCCAGGAGCCGUCAAGCAAGUCUUUUGGCGUAUCACUCUCUUUUACAUCCUGUCGCUGCUUUUUGUCGGACUUCUAGUUCCUUACAACGACGAAAGGCUUCUCGGCGCCAACCCUUUCAUUGAUGUUGCCGCGUCUCCUUUCGUCAUCGCUGCCAACGACGCCGGUUUGACUGGAUUUGACAGUUUCAUCAAUGUCGUCAUUCUCAUUUCUGUCAUCUCCAUCGGCUUGUCCGGCGUUUACGGCGGAUCGCGUACUUUGACCGCCCUUGCUGAGCAAGGCUAUGCCCCUAAGAUCUUCACCUACGUCGACAAGGCCGGCCGUCCUCUUUGGUCGACCAUCGCCAUCAUAGUCUGCGCGCUAUUGGCCUACAUCAAUCUCGAUGAGGAUGGCCAAAUCGUCUUCGACUGGCUGGUUGCCCUGUCCGGUCUAGCUGCGCUAUUCACGUGGGGCAGCAUAUGUCUCGCUCACAUCCGCUUCCGCGCUGCCUGGGCCUACCAUGGCCAUAGCGUCGACGAGAUCCCCUUCCAAGCUGUUGGUGGUGUGUACGGCUCGUGGCUUGGCUUCAUUCUCAUCAUCCUGGUCCUCAUUGCGCAGUUUUACACUGCCGUCUGGCCUCUCGGGGGAGGCGUCAACGAUGCCGAGGGCUUCUUCAAGUCUUAUCUUGCCCUUUUUGUCGUCAUUUUCUUCUGGAUCUGUGGAUACUUCUGGAAAAAGACUGGAUGGCUGAAGCUGUCCCAGAUCGACGUCGACAGCGGCCGUCGUGAAGUUGACUGGGAUCCUGUCAUGGCCGAACGCGCGAGGGUUGCUGCCAUGCCCAAGUGGCGUAGAGCCCUGAACGUCGUCAUCUGA